AUGGAUAUACAAAAGUCAACGACAUGGAAGUUUUUGAAGGAUCUAAUGCUGCAGAUAGUUGAUAUUGUAAUACACGGAGGGAAGAGAUUUUCGAUCAAAAUGGAGAACAACGAUGAGCAGGCAAAACAGCAACAGCAAGGGCGAAAGCAGCUUUCUUUUGAUCAGUUGGAUCAGGUUGAUUCUGAUCAUGCUUUCGCUAUUGCAUUACAACAACAGGAAAGCACAUUUACAAUUCUGGAGACAAUUGAAAGUGAUAUGGAUGAUCAUGAACAAGACGAUGAGAUCGAGGAGGACCAAGAUGAUGUGGAUGAAAUUGGAAGUUCCUCAUCUAAUGACUUUGAUAGUAACUUUGAAAGCCAAGAAUUUUAUGAUGAAUUAGAAUUUGCUGAGGACAAUGAAGAAGAUAACUACAGUGACGAGUUUGAAGAAGAUGAAAUCGAUCCAGAUGAAAUGUCUUAUGAGGAAUUAAUAGCAUUGGGAGAAGUAGUGGGAGCUGAAAGUCGAGGACUAUCUGCGCAAGAAAUUGCUUCUUCCUUGUCUUCCUACGUUCAUAAAAUUGUUCGAAGCAAGACUAUAGUUGACAGAUGUGUAAUAUGUCAAAUCGAGUAUGAAGAAGGUGAACAAUUGGCUGCCUUGCACUGCCAACAUCCCUAUCAUUCGGAUUGUAUACAUCAAUGGCUUCAAAUUAAGAAGGUAUGUCCAAUAUGUUCGAUAGAAAUUGCACCACAAAGCAAACCUUGA